GAGUUAGUUUUACACGUGAACAAGUCGUGUAUUUAGUAAAAAUCGUUGAAAGAAUAAAUCAUGAAAUGUUAUUCAUUGUUAUUUGUAAUUUUAAUACUUGGGAUUAUGGCAGAUGAAGAAAGCGAAUGUAGAACGAAACGACAAAUAAACGCAUUACCACUAGUAUACCCAUAUGGAGCGAUUUAUAAGCUAAUCAUUGGAUUGACUACACCAAUACCUACCAGGGAUCACGUAAACUUAGCUUUCCUUCUAAAUUUUCAAUACCAAUACAUGCAGUUUCAAAAUAUUUCCCAACUCUCCAAAUACUAUAUUAUAAAAGAUGUAUCGAGAGAAGAAAGAGAAGCAGACUGGGCUUCGAGAUAUGAUGAGCGACUUGUGUUUUAUAACUCUUUUGCUGAUAUGUUAGAAAUGAAAGGAAUGAGUGGCCAUGAUUGUGUACACCGUGCAAUUUGCGAAGCUGCCCAGUUCCCAGUAAGCGAAGAUGGUCUAUUUGGUGAAAUCAUUCAAGUGUUACUCACGCCAGACUACGGAAAAAAAUUAUUUGAAGAAGAUUCCACAUGGAAAGAUGAUAUGUCUUCUUAUAUCGACGCGGCCACAGCUGGAAGACAGAUGUUUGAAUGCGCGUACAUAUACAACAAGUGUCCUGAAGCCAGGGGCGUUUUAGAUCUGAUUUCAAUACUGACAGAUGUAUAAAUAAAAUUAACUUUUUUUAACUUAGAAUACUGAUUUUUUGUAUAUCAACAGCUAAAAGCUAACCCUUUUAUUAAUAGGUAUUUUAAGUUAUUGAGUGGUUUCGCACUUUACAAUAAGGAGAAUUUUUGAUUUCGUUACUCACCUCUCUCUUUCCAUCAUAUCGUAAAGUACAAUUGUAUCGAAAGAGAAACAAGAGUGCAACAUGUUGUGUUCAGAGAAAUUACUAGUCGUCGGCAUUAAACUUGUUAGUAUUACUUUUAUUAUUUAUUUCUUUCUUUGCAAACCCCUUUUAAAUAACUGAGCACAGGGCAUAGGGCUGACUAAAUAUUAGGUUUUAUUCAAACAUAAAUCAACAGUCCCUAACUCAUG